AUGCCCAAUCGAUCGAGUCCACCCGACCCGAAACGACGACGCCUGCGCGCAACCCGCGUAUGCGGUCGCUGUCGCCGCCUCAAGCUCCGCUGCGACCGCAACCACCCCUGCGAGGCAUCCAUAUGUCUUGUCGGCGCGCUCUCGACCCAACGCGAGGCACAAACACUCCGCCGCCUAACCGACGGUCUACUACGACACAUCACGACAUACGGCCCUCAUAAUAUGGACUACGCACACGCCGCAAUUGUGGCUUGCGGCGCGGAACUUACGGGGCCAGCAUCGAGUUCAGCGCGUGCUUGGGUCGCUGUGGGGAGUGCGCGGGCUGCGGUCCUCCUAGCUCGAAUACAUGUGGACCAGGAGGAGAGGUUGUGGGACCGCGAGCGACGGCGGCGGAUAUGGUACCAUCUGUACAUUACACAGGCGUUCACUGCCGUCCGCCUCGGACUACCGUUCGAUCCUGGCCCUCAUGUCCCACGGCCCCUCGUCCUCUCUGACGCCGCCUUAUUGGCCGCCUCGACGGCCCAAGAAGCAGCACUCUUAACGGACGUCGAGGCCGAGUGGGCGUUCCCAGACUCCAAGAUCGCAUGGGCGGAUCUCGUGCUCGCCCAAAAGGAGAUCAUGGCCCAGCCAACGACAUUAGCUGAACGCCUGGCCGAAGCGCACGGCGCCAUCGACGCGUUCUGGGUCACCCUCCCCUCCCACAUCAAGAUGGGCGCAGAAGGCCUAAUCACCCGGAUCGCGAUGCACGACGCCCUCGUAUCGCUCUACCGCCCACACUUUGCGUUACGCGACGGCGUUGAGCGUAUGGGUCUCCUCGCGGCAGGGAUUGACCCACUCGCCCGCGGUCUCGUGGCGGCACAUGCUCUCGGCGAGGCGGUGCGCGAACUCGGUCUCGUGGCAGAGGGCGAUGCGGCACUGUGGGCGUUCGGGACGAGCGCGUUCACGGCCGGCAUGGCUAUUGCUUAUGCCGAGCUCGCGGGGAGGGGGAGCGUACAUGAUGUCGAUGCGCUGGAUGGCGCACUGGAUAGUCUGAGGUUGUGUGCUGGGAGGGGAUGGAGUCGUACGAACGCGGGUGCGGUCGGCGUUCUCGAGGGUGUGCGUCGGUUGGUGCGGGCGCGAAGGGCACAGCGCGUGGCCAGGAUCCAGCAGGCGCGCGAACCCCCGUCUUAUGUGCCCGAGCAUGCUUGGACGGACGAAGUUGUGGAUCCUUAUUCGGGGUUGAGCAUGUCCACCCGGCAGGAGGAGAGCCCACCUACUCCGACCAGCGUCGCUUGGUAUCCCUCCAUGCCGGCUGAGGGCGGUUCAUUGUGGGACGAGUGGGAGGGUCUCUUCCGCGGCUUCCUGGAGGAGGGCACGUAG